AUGCGUUUAGCUGAGGAGUUUAUGGAGCAGUUGAGGCCUAUAUUUGAGGCUCUCAGGCAGCGGGAAGAGCUUCCGUGUUCGUACCCGCUCCACGUGGGUUCGACACAUGGCACUAAGCAAGCUUUCAUAUACGGCCAUUCAAGAUCUCAAGGUUCGACGACGCCCGGCGGUCAUCACUAUACUCACCACCACGGAUACCAACCGUCUCCGGGAUACCACUGGGUGAGGGAGCGUACUGUAAGAUCGGUUCCGAUGUCAAGUGGUCCAGCUGCUGGCAGAGCCUCCAGGUCUUCACUAAGCGCUGGAACACCUGACUCGCUCAGCGACAACGAAGCGGCCAGCGGAUUAGGACAGAGAUAUAGAAAACCUAGCGUACCGAGAUCUACUUUGACGCCAGGCGGAUCUAGACCAGGAUCUAGACCUGGCUCUAGAACGGGUUCCAAGCCGCCUUCAAGACACGGAUCCAAUUUAUCAUUGGACAGCACAGAUGAAGUGCUAACUCCUUCACGUAUACCAAUGCGUAAAGUAACAAACACACGUGCCUCGCUCGCCCGGGCCGCGGCCACGGCUAGCAAACUCGGAACAACUAAUGGAGCCUCGCGCCCACGAACGCCCACAGGCGCACUCACACCAGCCAGCAGGUACGGCGGCACGAUGUACCGCACGUCCAGUAUUCCAACACUGUCACCAGUUCCAGCCAUAGUCAGACCGUUUUUCCGGUGGUGGGAUUUUAAGCUAGCAUCGUUUAGCAUGACACCAUCCUCAAUGGCAUCCGAACAUCCCAAAUCCUUAUCCCACACUCAUCCCGCAUAUCAAACCCAGGGUUCCACUCGUAUCCCGGUGUACGUCGGCAACCGUUCCCAACGGACGCCAUCUGUUGAACGACGUAACAAAUCCCACAAAUCCCAAUCCCGCGAAACAUCCCAGGACCCGAGUCCAAUAUCCCACGAUCCUAAAUCGGACCAGCGCAGUCCGGAAGACGAUUCCUCACUGUUCAGCAUAUCCGGGAUGACGAGUGACAAUGAAUAUGAAAGUAACAUUAGCGAGUCCAGCGGAGACGCCUCAAAGCCGACCCAAAGAGACAUCAAAGGGAGUGGUUCGUUUGCUUCCACCGAUGGACACACGCCCGCUCGGAGUCGCAUACCCGUGCCGAAGGACUCUAACCAUUCUCACUCUAGGCAAAGGACGCCGUCCGGCAGCUCGACACCGGUACGUCCGGGCACCCAGACGGCCGCGUCCCGGCUGGUGCGUCGUCCGUCGGACGCGGAGAACGCCGCGCCCUCCGCCCCCGCAACCCCCCUCUCCCGCCGUACGCCGGCGAGGACGACGGAGAAACGAGAGCCAUUCCGGCUAUAA